GCCUCUCCUCCCCCCAUUCUUGUUUGCAGAGUUCUCAUACCAAGCUAUAUAUAUAUAUAGGACUCCCAAGGAGGAAGAAGAACAGGCUGAGGAACAAGUAGAAGAAGAGAGGAUCCAAUACUCCAUCCAACCAUGCCGGCUCGCCCUCGUUUCACCUUCGGCCGGACCGAGGAUGCCGUCCACCCCGACACCAUGCGCGCCGCCCUCUCUGAGUUCAUCGGCACGGCCCUCUUUGUAUUCGCCGGCGAAGGCUCCGUCCUUUCCCUCGAGAAGCUGUACAGGGACACCUCCACCGCUGGCGGCCUUGUGAUGGUUGCCAUAGCCCAUGCCUUGGCCUUCUUUGUUGCAGUCUCCAUCGCCUUCAAUACCUCCGGUGGGCACAUCAACCCGGCUGUCACCUUCGGUGCCCUUGUCGGCGGCCGGAUCUCCGUCAUCCGUGCCAUCUACUACUGGGUGGCCCAGCUCCUUGGAGCAAUCGUAGCUUCACUCCUUCUAAGGCUCACAACAGGAGGCAUGAGGCCGCUGGGGUUCUCACUGGGAUCAGGCAUUGGAGAGUGGCAUGCAGUAGUGCUCGAGAUCGUGCUGACGUUCGGGCUGGUCUACACCGUCUACGCCACGGCGAUCGACCCGAAGAGAGGACAUCUCGGCACCAUUGCACCGCUUGCCAUAGGCUUCAUCGUCGGAGCAAACAUCCUCGCCGGCGGCCCAUUCGAUGGUGCUUCGAUGAACCCGGCACGGGCUUUUGGUCCGGCGCUCGUCGGCUGGCGGUGGAGGAGCCACUGGGUGUACUGGCUUGGGCCUUUUGUGGGUGCCGGACUUGCAGGGCUUAUCUAUGAGUUCCUUGUGAUCCCCACGGAGGCUCCCCAUGCUCACCAGCCCUUAGCUCCUGAAGAUUACUAGAUAGUCCGAUCCGAAGUGUGCGAGUUCGUCUGAUCCGUUGUUUUGUUUCUGCUUCAGUUGUUUGAUCGUGUGUAGUGGUUUGUAGAACGGUAUUCCUGGGAACGCCAACCUCCUUCCAAUGUCCAUGGUUAUCAUCACUAAUGUACUCGCUUUUGUGUGUGAGAGAGCGUGUUUUGUAUCGGAUGAAGAGCAAUGUCAUUUUAGAGUUCUGGCCGCUGAGAUUAAGCUGGUGCAAAGAUGAAUCGGGUGAGGAGGACU